AUGGGUUGCUUCCCGUGCUUCGGCUCGGGGCAGGAGGACGACGAGCUCGGGUACUACGGCGGCAAUGGCGGUGCCGCCGGGUGGGCGGCCGCGGCCGCGUCCUCGUCCGCUGCGGCUGCGGCUGCUGCUGCUGUCGGGGGCGGCGCGGAGGCGGCCGUGGCGGCUCCACCGCGCGCCGAGAGGUCCCCCACAGGGUCCAACAAGUCGAAGGCCAAGGGCAAUGGCUCGAAGAAGGAGCUCGCGGUUCUCAAGGACGCCAACGGCAAUGUCAUCUCUGCGCAGACCUUCACCUUCCGCCAGCUUGCGGCCGCGACGAAGAACUUCAGGGAUGAAUGCUUCAUUGGGGAGGGAGGCUUUGGGCGCGUCUACAAGGGCCGCCUCGAUGGCACGGGCCAGGUUGUUGCUAUCAAACAGCUCAAUAGGGAUGGUAAUCAAGGAAACAAAGAAUUUCUAGUGGAAGUUCUCAUGCUCAGUUUGCUUCAUCAUCAAAACCUUGUCAAUUUGGUUGGUUAUUGUGCCGAUGGAGAUCAACGCCUUCUCGUGUAUGAGUACAUGCCACUUGGAUCAUUGGAAGACCAUCUGCAUGAUCUCCCUCCUGGCAAGGAGGCCUUGGACUGGAACACUAGGAUGAAAAUUGCUGCAGGUGCUGCUAAAGGGCUUGAGUACCUCCAUGACAAGGCAGACCCACCAGUUAUAUACAGGGACUUUAAGUCAUCAAAUAUUCUAUUGGGAGAGGGUUUCCAUGCAAAGCUGUCCGACUUUGGUCUUGCUAAGUUGGGUCCUGUUGGUGAUAAGUCUCACGUCUCAACACGUGUUAUGGGAACAUAUGGUUAUUGUGCACCAGAGUAUGCUAUGACAGGACAACUUACAGUUAAGUCAGAUGUUUAUAGCUUUGGAGUUGUCUUGCUUGAGUUGAUUACUGGCCGGAAGGCCAUUGACAGCACCAGACCAGCCGCAGAGCAAAACCUUGUGUCAUGGGCACGACCUCUUUUCAAUGACAGACGGAAGCUCCCAAAGAUGGCUGACCCAGGGCUGGAGGGGCGAUUCCCUACGCGCGGACUUUACCAGGCGCUUGCGGUGGCAUCAAUGUGCAUCCAGUCUGAGGCUGCGUCCCGCCCACUCAUUGCCGACGUUGUGACUGCUUUAUCCUACCUUGCAAACCAGAUUUAUGAUCCUAACACAGCCAGCACCUCCAAGAAGGGCGGCGGCGACCAGAGGAGCAGGGUCAGCGACAGCGGAAGGGCGCUUUCCAGGAACGACGACACAGGCAGCUCUGGCCAUAGGUCGCCAAGCAAGGACCUGGACGACUCUCCCAGGGAGCGGCAUGCCACAGGGACUGCGCACAAGGGUGAAAGAGAGAGGAUGGUGGCCGAGGCGAAGAUGUGGGGCGAGAACUGGCGGGAGAAGCAGCGCGCUGCUCAGGGUAGCCUGGAUUCUCCGACCGGAGGUGGGUAACUUGGGUCACCAAGGUGCUGUUCUGCCUGUGCGUGUUCUGUCACAGACUGUUUUUUCCUUUGUGCGGUGGGGGAUGACGAAGACCGUUCGGUUUCCGGUGUUGUUAGCUGUACAUUCGUAGGGGGUAAAACAAAACAAAAAUGUGGAGGAGAUGAGAAAGCGAGGGGGGAAAGCAAUGGGUGCUUUGCUCUGGAUGUGGUCGAGUCGUGCCUGUAAAUUCUCGGAAAAUUUUGCAACGGUGAAGGACAAGUCUGAAUCUGAACCUCAUUCUGUCGUUUGCGUA